AUGAUGUUGCUAUUAGCCAUAUUUCUGUCAACAUAUUUGCCUGUGACAAAUGGUGCCACAAGUCAACAAGCCAAAUGUCUAAUUGACUGCUAUGCAAAGUGCCUAAAUAUUGGUUUGCUAAAUGCAACACAAUGCAACUGCAAUACUGCAAGCAACCGAAAAUUAUGCUCGACAAAUUUUGAUGAAAGUAUCAUUCAAAAUAGUAUGACAAAUGAUGUAGUUCCGGUAAAGACGGAAUAUUUGAAUUCACGAAAAAUUCGAAUUGAAAUGAAUGAUAAUCGUAUCAAUGCAUUUGUGUACAUUUUUGAAUAUUCAACUGUUAGUACUGCACCCGAUAAUUGGAUUUUUGCUGGUGUUAACUCAUCACCAGGUAUGACUUUUACAAUUAAUGAUGCUUGUCGAGAUUAUCAAUUCCGAGUAAUUGUGAUUUUAAAAAAUGAGGACACUGACCGUUGGUUGGUUGUUUACCGACCUCGAAUAAUACCCGUUGAUUUACCUACAUUUGCUAUAACACCUGAUAAGAUUCAGACUGCACCACCGGUUUAUAAUGCAGAUGAUGGUACAGUGGUUGUUUACAUCUCAUGGGAGAAUCCAACCGGUUACACGGAUGAAGAUAUAUAUGGCUAUGAAGGUCCGGCAAUUUAUCCGGUUCAAUGCAAUUCACCAGAAGCAGAAUUGCCAUCACCAUCUGUAGAAUUAAAAAAAGGUGGUGGUCGUUUACGAAUAUCAUUACCAUCUGAAGUAUUAGAUAGUAAAUGUAGAGUUUGGGCAGAGGUACAAAUGCUACCGCGGUGCAUUCGAUUGGAACCGUUUAGCAUUCAACAAUCAUUUGAGCUUAAUUGUGACAAGUUGACAAAUCUUGAAGUGUGUAAACAUGAAAUUGCACCACAAUGCACCGAUGUUAUUGACAUUUGGGGUUACGGAAGUAAUGCAACAAUUAUGUGGUCACCACUGGAUAAUUUUGGUACACCACUUUAUUAUCACAUUCGUUAUGGUCCUGCAAAAAUGCAGGGUGUACCACCACUUGCAUCAUGGACGAUUGCAUCAUUGCAUGAGAUGAAAACAAUUGGUAAUAGUACAAAUUUACAACUUCAUAUCGUUCCGGAUAUCGAUUACGGAAUACAAGUUUGUGCAGUUUACAAUGAACAUCGGAAACAACCAAAAUUUGAAUUACUACGCGUCAUACCUUUUAUUUGUACCUCUUGCAAAAUAACUCCAGCGGAAUCAUUUGGACGUUGCGGUGAAUGCACUAAAAUUGAAGGACCUUUACUGCUUGGGCGUCGUUGUCAUCCAAAAGGCGGAACCGGUUGCACCUUAGCUGGGACCAUUUCCAAUAUUUCCGAUAUCAAAGACGAUGACAUAUCACGAAAUCCAUUAACAGUAUUACCAUCAGAUGUUUUCAUUGAUUCCCCAUCUGAUAGCACAAAAAGCAAAAUGAACAAUAGACAAUCCAUUUCGCUUAUUCAUGAAAAUUCGAACACUUUAAUUCCACAAUUACCAACAAAAUCUACGACUAAAUUACAAACAUCAUUGACAGAAUCUGAAGCACAGAUCAUAGAACAGUCAGCAGAUGAAUUUUCCAUCAAUGAAAAUGAAGCAAAAGAAACGACAACUUUGCAUAAUAGUCAAAGCGCUUCUGUCAUAUCAAAUUUAAGAAGCGCAAUCGAAGUGUCAACAUUGUCAACAUUAUCCACACUGUCAACAUUUGCUCAACAAUCUCAAACUGCAACUGCGCCAAAUAAGGAAAAAUUGCAAUCUAAUCUAACUUCAUGCACUCUUUUUAAUGGUGUCAUUUGUGAAUUUGGUUGCAUCGAUCAAACUAAAUGCAAUUGUCCUCAAGGCACUCGUGUUCUUAUGGAUAAUGGUGCCUGUUUAUCGCAAUCAAGUGAUAAGCCACCAUUCGUAUGUCUUUCAACCACUGAUGUAAAAGCCAAUUGGAAUCCAUGGAUACAUACAUUGCAAAUUCGAAGUAAAAAGAUUUACGAUGAAAUUAAAAUGCAUACAAAUUAUGAUCGAAUAUUUUUGGAAUUUGGACAUAUAAAGUAUAUUAUGAAAGGACAAAUUCCAUCCAAUGAGGUCAUUUUUGAUGAGCGAAAUGAAAAGAGCAAUAAAGUGGUUAUUCGAACUAAUAAAAUUUUACAAAGUGGACUAUUUUUAACAGCACCCUAUUCAUUUUAUACAAAUCAAACCAUUGAACCAUUAACUCACCAAUAUGGUUUACGCAUUUGUGCAUUUAAUAAUUCUGAAAUUCAAAAUCCUUUUGCAGUAGAUUGGACUCGAGGCACUGGUCAGUCGAUAUUUCAUUUAAAUGGAAUACAAUUUGAACGUGAUCUUAUGAGAAAUAUAGUUUCCAAUGAACAGAAGCAAAUAACAAAAAUGGCAUUUGUUAUUGUACCAAUAAUUCUGAUUGUCUUAUUGGUCUUUCUGCUUGCAGCUAUCAUUUACAUGAAUUGCGCUCGACUGAAACGUUGCUAUGAUCGCCGGAAAACUCGACACUUUCGUCCAUUUACGUGGAAUGGUGACAUACCACCAAUGAUGACAAAUGGUACCGUACACGAGAAGCAUUCAUCAGUUAUUACAAAAUCAACAUUCUGA